AUGGACAACAUGAGCAUACACACCACGCAUGUGCACACGGCUGACUUGCACAAUGCUUCCAUUGUGAUUACGGGACAGACACAAGAUGAAAAGAAUAUUUUUAACAAAGUGCUGGCGCUGCGCAGCUGUCCAGUUACUGACGACACACUCAAGUCAACAACUGAUGACAUACCGGAAGUGUUUGAUGAAAUUCUAGCCCAAGAGAUUUUGGAGCCAAACACAACGGCAGUGUCUGAAGCUCCAACAACAAAAAAGGCGACAAUAACAUCAGUAUCAACCAAGGAAAAAAUUUCUGGUGUUGAUGAAAACUACCAAGAAGAUAGCUCUGAGAAUUAUCAUGAGUUAUUGGAGAAUUUAGAACUAACGUCUAUGAACAAGGAGAAAAACGACGGUAAUGACAGAAGUACUGCCGAGAACAUCCAUGAGCACAGUUCUCAGACCAAGGUUGAGCCACACUUCUCUUAUGAAGAAAAGAAGAAUACAAACAAUGAUAAGAAAAGGAAAGUGUCUGUUCUGGACAGAAUCCUUCAAAACAUAGGAAGAUCUGAAGGCAACCUGGAACUAACAGGCAAGUGGCCCCUGAUCUGCAGGUCCCUGUGGGCUGAGGUGAAGUAA